AUUAAUAUUAUAUUAAUCCUUUUAAUUUUUGAAAAAGUUUUUAAAAAAACCCGUAAGGAAUUUUUAAAAUUAUUUUUAAUUUUUUUUGGGGGUGGGGGGGGAAGCAAGAGAGAUGCUGACAAGAAGUUAACUCCAAAAAAAGAAGAUAAAAAGCGAAACCCCAAACGUGGCGACCCCCCCUCCGCCUCUGAGGGAUCUUUUGAAAUCAUCCGCUCCCAUGUAUAAAGAUGUCACUGGUGGACCUGGGGAAGAGAUUGCUAGAAGCGGCACGCAAAGGCCAAGAUGACGAAGUCCGGACGCUGAUGGCCAAUGGCGCGCCGUUCACCACGGACUGGCUGGGAACGUCGCCCCUCCACCUCGCCGCCCAGUACGGUCACUACUCCACAGCCGAAGUUCUGCUCCGGGCAGGAGUGAGCCGUGACGCUCGAACCAAAGUCGACAGGACGCCGCUGCACAUGGCCGCCGCUGACGGACACUCGCACAUCGUCGAGCUUCUGAUCAGGAACGGGGCCGACAUCAACGCCAAGGACAUGCUGAAGAUGACGGCCUUGCACUGGGCGACGGAACACAACCACCGGGAGGUCGUCGAGCUGCUGGUGAAAUACGGGGCCGACGUCCACGCCUUCAGCAAGUUCGACAAAUCCGCCUUCGACGUCGCUUUGGACAAGAACAACGCGGAGACCUUGAUGAUACUCCAGGAAGCGAUGCAGAACCAGGUCAACCCCAGCCCGGAGAGAGCCAACCGAGUGCCAAGGUCCGUGACGGUCGGCCAGCCGUUUAUCCUGGCCUCGGGCGAGGUGCUGAGUUUGGCCAGCAUCGUGUCCUCUGCAAACACGAAAACGACCUCAGGCGAUUCCCACGUCUCCACGGUGCAGUUUUCAAACUCAACGACUUCAGUUCUUGCCGCGCUGGCGGCCAUAGCAGAAGCCUCCGGCCCGCUCUCCAAUUCAAACAGAGCUCCGGCCAUCACGGAGGAAGUCGUGGAAACCGCUUCCAUGGAUUCCCCCCUCCAGCACGCCAUCAGCAGCGGGGGCCAGCGCGUUAUCACGAUUGUGACCGACGGCGUGCCACUGGGCAACCUCCAGACAGCUGCCGGCCUCAGCCAGCCGUUCAUCGUGACUAUGCAGAACGGGCAGCACGUUCUAACUGUACCUGCCGGUCAGGUUGCAGAAGAAACAGUCAUUGAGGAACAAGCUGAAAACAACCAUGUAGAAGAGGAAGAAGAGCCCCCCGCGAAGAAAAUCAAACUAGAAGAAGUUGCGGAUGACUUUGACAAAAACAAGGACGACACCGAAAGAGAUUUCUUGCAGCAGCAGCUGCAGGAAGCCAACCGCAAAGCUCAGGAGUACAGGAGCCAGCUGAUGAAGAAGGAACAGGAAGCGCAGCGGUACCGGAGGAAGCUGGCGGCCAUGGCCGUGGAGCAAGCCAACGGGACGGAGGACGCCGCCGUGGAGGAGGAGGAGGAGGAGGCCGACAGGGGAAACUCCGUCGACGUGCCGGCGGAAGAAACCGCCGUCCCCGCAGCGGAAGGGGAACUCCCAACGGACAUUGCUGUGGAGACCGUCACGUCGUAACCUUCAGGUCGCAAUGCCGCUCUCCCCUCAACUCGGACCGCUCUUGUCUGAGAAAGACGUGGGCGGUUAAAGAAGCAACAUUCCCCAGGCUGCUGUGCAAUCCCCCCCCCUCCCAAAAACACUGGACAAAAACCAUUUGGGUGGGCAAAUUCCAGGGGGAGUCCAGCCCCCCGCACGUCUCCUAAUUUUUAGCAGCCCUUGGCUUCCUUCUUUCCUUUCAGGACAGGGCUUUAAAGCAAAUAGUCUAAAGAUACCCUUUUUUUAAAAAAAAAAAAGUGAAUAAUAAUCCCCUGACAUUUCAGAGGUAUAUUUUUGUGAACGUAGCCUGAAAUUCCUUUGAAAUUGCCGGCAAAUGAC